AUGCAGCCAGGGGACGUAGACAGCUUCGAAGACCGUCUUCGCCAGCGUGCACAGUCUCGCGCGCAUGCUCUUGACACCGUGCCGACGGAUGCGGCACUCAAGCCACGCGGACGCAUAGCAAAUACGCCCCUUGCUACAUCGACAGUUUCCUUCUUGCUUGGAAACGUCUUCGCGCUCGGCGCGUUGACAUGCAUCGUCGGUGGCUUCAGUCGGUUCUGGUGGUCGACCUAUCAGCUGGGCUUCUUUCUUGCUGCAUGGUCAGCAUUCCAUUGGGGUGAAUUUGCCGUGACCGCGGGAUGGAAUAAAGAUAAAUGUAGUAUCGACUCUUUUUUGCUUGAGAACGGCAUACAGUAUCAUAUGGCACAUGGUUUCGCCAUCUUUGAAUAUCUCAUAACACUCUACUUCCGGCCUACGUGGAAAAAACAUGCCUACGUCUCGGCUCUCGGGGUCAUAUUGGCAGUAGUGGGUCAGAUGCUCAGGUCUGCCGCGAUGAUUCACGCUGGGUCAAGCUUCUCCCACAUCGUCGCCCUGCGGAAAGUUGACACGCAUAUUUUGGUCACCGAUGGUGUAUAUCGGUGGUUCCGCCACCCAUCAUACGCGGGGUUCUUCUAUUGGGCUCUCGGCACACAGCUCGUCCUACAAAACCCCAUCACCUUUAUUGGUUUUGCAAUUGUACUGUGGAGAUUCUUUGACCAUCGCAUUCGAGCGGAAGAGGGCUACCUCAUACGCUUCUUCGGCAGAGACUAUAUCGAAUAUCGGAAGAGGGUCGGAACCAGAAUACCGUUUAUUCCAUGA